AUGUCCGAGAACAAGAUCGAAGUCCUCCUCUUCGGACUGGGCGCCAUCGGCUCCUUCUACGCCUUCAUCCUCCGCAACAGCCCACGCGUGCGUUUGACGGUCGUGGCACGCUCCAAUUAUGCGGCUGUGAAAGAGCAUGGCAUACUCCUGAAAAGCGCAAAUCACGGCGAACACCGCUUCCACCCAGACCACGUGAUCAGCUCGCUCUCCGACCUCCUCAUCAGCCCCGGUGCCUCCCCGGUAUUCGAUUACGUCGUCUGCACGAAUAAAGCCAUCGAUAUCGACAGCGUCGCCCGCUCGCUCGCCCCAGCCAUCACAGCGGCGAAGACCACCAUUGUCAUCAUCCAGAAUGGGGUGGGGAAUGAGGCGCCGUUUCGGAGAUUGUAUGAUUCGGGCAAUGAGAUUCUUUCCUGCGUGACCUGGGUCGGCGCCAACCAACCCACCCCCGGCACCGUCACCCACACCACCUCCGAAGCCACCCAACUCGGCCUCUUCCAGCCGCUCACCCCUCGGGCACAAACCCUCCUGGAGGCUUUUAUAGGGUUGCUCAAUGGGUCCGAUAACCCCCACCCUACCCCGGUCACCCCGCUCUCCCCGGAGGAUCUGCAACGCACCCGCUGGGAGAAACUCAUGUGGAACUGCGCCUGGAACACUCUCACCACCUUGACGGGGCUGGAUUGUCAGGCCUGGCUGCUGUCUUCGGAGGAUGCGCUGCCGUUGACGAAGCGGCUGAUGCAUGAGGUCGUGGCGGUGGCACGUGCGGAGGGGGUGGAGUUACGCGGGGAGUUGGUGGAUGAGCAGAUUACGAAAAUGCAGGGUCUGGGGCCGGUGAGGACGAGUAUGCAGACGGAUCGAGAGAUGGGGCGGAGGAUGGAGGUGGAGGUGAUUAUCGGGACGGUGGUGAAAGGGGCGAGGAGGGUCGGGGUGGAGAUCCCGGUGUUGGAGACGGUGUAUGCGUUGAUCAGGGCUGUGGAUGGUUUGGGAGGGGGGAGGAUGGAGAAGAUGUAG